ACGCCGAGGAGCAGACCUGAGAGUCGUCUGCAUAAAAAUACCCGCGAUUCGGGCGAUAAUCAGUUUUCAGACGGUGAAUUUAGUAGGAAGAAUAGUGCUCCUGUUGCCAGCAGCACCGCCAGCGAUCCACUAGAUGUAGAAGCGAUGAUGCCCAUGCUAGAGCUACCCGGACGUGGAGGCACGAGUAGAGAAGAGAUGAACGCGACGCCAAGGAGCAG